AUGUCGUCGAUGCCCACCUCUAUUGUACCCGACACGAACUUCCGUAUUCAUCCACACACCUUUGUGGCCGCCGGUCGUCUUGCCAUUGUUGUUGUCUGCGUGGAUGAGGCAGCACUCGGACGCCUCGACAUGCGACGCCGCCAGAUUGUCCGACAACCCGCGGAAGUGCAGCCCGUCGUAAAACGGCGCCGCAUCCAUGACCACCAUGCCGUUCCAGCAGCUGCGGACCGGCACGGGCGCUCCGCGGUGCACAGCAGUGCGCGAUGCUGGGGCGCGGAAAAAGGGCCAGUGGAUCGAGAGCGGCUCGUGCCCGUCGCUGUCGCGCAGCGCAAAUGUGUCGUAGAGCAGGGGCGCGACGGACGCGUCCAGCGCACAGGCAGCUGCGUAGUCGCCACCACGCGUGUCCAGCAAGGCCAGCACAUCGGCUGCGGAAAAGGCAAUGUCCUCGAUGAAUACAAUCUUGUCCACCGUGUUGCGCAGGCCCGCCAGAUACGGGAUUCGCCGCCGGUGGCGUUGGCCACUGGGGUCCGCCACCCACCCGUUGGGAUUCUGGGACGCCAUCUCGUCGGCUAUGUCGACUAUAACCAAAAGGCCCACGGCAAUAACCAGCGCCAGCCGGAGCCGGCGUGUGCGUCGGUGCACGACGAGACCGAGUCCGGGGAGCAUCUUACGCAUGCAAAGUAA